GUUUCCUGAGAGGUGAUUCGUUCAUAUCAGUUCCUGUUCUAAACAUCAAGUCACGAUGUCAGGAGACAUUAGUCUUGCUUGCCCAGUUUUGGCCAAGAUGUUAUUACAUGCUGCACGUUAUCCACAGUCUGCAGUUAGUGGUGUGGUACUUGCUCAAGCUAAAGGCACCGGUGAUGACACUAGUAACACAGUUUAUCUUGUUGAUGCCAUACCUUUAUUCCAUUUACAUCUCAGCUUAACACCAAUGCUUGAAAUUGCUUUAACACAGAUUGAACAACGCUUCAGAUCUCAAGGAUUGGUGAUUGCUGGGUAUUAUCAAGCAAAUGAAUACAUUAGAGAUAAUGUGCCAGAUUUUGUAGCUCUGAAAAUAGCCGAAAAAAUUGCUGAGAACAAUAAUGAUGCAUGUCUAAUAAUGAUUGAUAACAAGCGACUUUGUUUAAAUCUUCAAACAGCUCCAAUCAUUGUUUCCCAACUUAGCUCAGAAGGAAAGUGGAAGAGCAGAGAUAAAUCAAGUGUACACAUUGAAACGGGAUCCUUGGAGGUAACAUCACAACUCCUACAGCGUAAAGUUCAGCAUGACGUAAAUGAUUUCGACAAUCAUCUUGAUGAUCUUACAUGUGACUGGACAAAUCCGCAAAUCAAUAAGCUUUUGACGACUAUAGCUGCUGCCAAUCAAGAUUAACUGUAAUAUAUUAAGUAAUUAACUAAGUAUGACAUAAUCCUUGGUUCCUCCGUAUUGGAUUAUUUUUAAUAUAUGUAGUUGAGAAUUUCAACUAUGAUACUCCUUUAUUAUAACAAAACCUGAUAAGUAUAUGUAGAAUACUGUAUAGUACUCUCCCUAAUUGUUUUUUUCAUAACUGCAUUUAAUAUUUUUUUAAAUGUCUGGCUUACUUUCUAAGUGCUGGCAACACCCAUCUGUAAUCAAGCAGUUCAGAUAAGUCAUCUUUAAUCAGUGCAAAUAUCCCUAACUAUCUUAUGUACUAAUUCAUUAUUAGGUGUUUAUUAAUAUUUCAAAAUAUAAAAACCAGCCUUUGACAACUUUUAAAAGUUAGAUGAAGCUCAUAAAUGCCUCCUUAUAGGAGCUAAAGUUUCAGAAAACUUUGUCAAAGGUAUACCUAGUUCUUUUAGGUUAGGUUAUCUCUUUGGUUCAUUAGGCACCCGCCAUCUAGAAUAUACUUUGUAACAUAUUUACUUUCAAAAGAAAAAGCUGUCAAACUGAAAUAUGCAUUAUAAUGUGUAGAAAUGAAGUAAAGUAUGUAGUUUAUUUUGUGAUCGUUUUGCAGCUAUAUACAGUGGACGCCCCCCCAUCUUUGUGAGGGAUGGGUAUCACACCCACCCCCUUGAGUAGCAAAAAUCCACAAAUACUUUAAACCCCUUUAAAAAUGCUUAGAACUGCCUAUUUUGAUAGUUAAAACAUGAAAAAAAGACCCUGUAAAAUACUUAUACCCAAGUUUUUAAUAGUUUUAUCACAAAAAGUGCAUUUAGUCACAAAAAUAAUAUGAAAAUAUAGUCAUUUGUGAAUAGUUCUCAGUUAAAAAUACCAUGACUAGGUGAAUUUUCUACGAAUAAUGGGUAUAUAUGGUCCACAGAAAAAUCUGCGAAUAGGCAAGUCCGCAAAUCGUGAUUCCACAAUUAGCGGGGGUCGACUGCAGUACUGUACCAGUUGUUAUUCAAGAGUUAAGAGUUUUUACUACUUUAGAGACCAGAGUAUCCUCUAUAUUUAAUGAACAUUUAUACCUUAUAUCAGUGUACUCUACAAGACUUUACUUUAUUCUUUAUUCCUUGUUGAAGUGUAGUUCUCGUAGUAAAGCAAUUUUUGUUAUGUAAUGAUUUCUUUCUAUAAAACGUAAAUAGGAUACAUUUUUUCUUUUACUUGUAAUAUUGUUAUAUUACUGGAAUAAAUUUUCAUCUAAAGAAUU